AUGGCAACUACAGCUGAAGUACUAGUUGUCGAGCCUCAUAUGGCCUUCGACACCAUUCUGGUCCUCGACUUUGGCUCACAGUACUCGCACCUUAUCACGAGGAGACUCCGCGAGCUCAACAUCUACUCUGAGAUGCUCCCAUGUACUCAGAAAAUUGCCGAUCUGUCAUGGAAACCAAAGGCUGUUAUUCUGUCGGGGAGUCCAUACUCUGUCUAUGCGCCAGACGCACCGCACGUAGACCCAGCUGUAUUCGAUCUAGGAGUCCCCGUCCUAGGCAUCUGCUACGGCUUGCAAAUGAUAGCGUGGAACCACGGCAAAAAUGUCUCUGCAGGCGACAAGAGGGAGUACGGACAUGCCAAGCUGAAUGUGACGCGGCACACAGGGAAGUUGGCGCACAUUGAUAAGUUAUUCGAAGGGCUUGAGGGAGAUCUUGUGGUAUGGAUGUCGCAUGGAGAUAAACUAUCUAAUCUUCCCGAGAAUUUCGUGACCAUCGCAACAACGGCCAAUGCGCCCUUUGCCGGAAUCGCACACACCGAGAAGCCCAUUUAUGGCAUUCAGUUUCACCCGGAGCUCACGCACACACCGCGUGGGAAGGAUGUUCUUCGAAACUUUGCAGUUGGAAUAGCAAAAGCCGAGCAAAACUGGACAAUGGGCGAAUUUGUGAGCCAAGAAAUCGACCGCAUUAGAAAAUUAGUCGGGGAGAAAGGACAAGUUAUCGGAGCUGUCAGUGGCGGUGUCGAUUCAACAGUGGCUGCAAAGUUAAUGCAGGAGGCAAUUGGAAAUCGAUUCCAUGCCGUCCUCGUCGACAAUGGCGUCCUUCGUUUGAACGAGGCUGCGAUCGUCAAAGAAACUCUAACGAAGCAUCUUGGCAUCAACCUUACUGUGGUUGAUGCCAGCGAGCGGUUUCUCGGCAAGCUGAAGGGAAUUACAGAUGAUCCCGAGAAAAAACGAAAAGUCAUCGGCAACACAUUCAUCGAAGUCUUCCAAGAAGAGGCCAAGAAAAUUGAACAAGUCCGUAUUGCCCGGGAGGCCGACCACAUAUUUAUCGAAGAGAUUAAAGCGGCCGGGCUGUACCGGAAAAUCAGCCAGGCAUUUGCGGCCCUUUUGCCUGUCAAGGCAGUUGGUGUAAUGGGAGACCAGCGUGUUCAUGACCAAGUCAUUGCGCUCCGGGCUGUGGAGACCACAGACUUCAUGACCGCGGACUGGUAUCCGUUUGACGGCGAGUUCCUGAAGACGGUCAGCAGGAGGAUCGUGAAUGAGGUCAAGGGAGUGUGCCGAGUCGUCUACGACAUUUUCAGACCCCUUGUGUCAAAAUGUGAGGCGUGGACACUUCAUUCUCGUUAUCCUAUUUCCCAACAUAUAAUCAUUCACAAACGUUACUCGGUUGAAACACAGCGUGACGACGGCUUACUCCAGCGCAUAAGAAUGAGUGGAUUACGAGGAAUAGUCAAGGAAGGGUGGCAUCCGAAGGGUAAAGAUGGUGGCCGGGAGAGUUGGCGGGGCGAUUUCAAAGGCAUCAACCAAGUCGCCGGAUGGGUAGGCAAAGGAAAGAGUACCUCGGAUGGCCGUUCUGAGCAUUCAAGUCGGCCUAUAGCUUCUCUCAAGGACCCGGCUUCCUUUCCUCCCCCACCUAAACACAUAAACAGGCAUGGGGGUGGUGGGGGAGUCUCGAGCCCAACGCCAGGAUUGGGCACGCCUCUAUCCGCUGCAGAAAUCCAAUCGCUGCGUCAACAAGGGCGGGAGGAGCAGCAGACUGAGGAAGCAGAACGCUCAAAGAAAGUCCCCCCUCCGGUCCCGUUUAGGGCUAACACUACGGGGUUAUCCACCGACAAUUUCCUCCCUCCCCCUGUUCGACGGCUCAACGCUCCAACUGGAUCGGCGGAUGAGUUACGAUCGAAACAGAUUCUCAAACCGAAACCUUCUUUGCCUCCUAGACUUCCACCUCGAGGCGCAGCGCAUCCGUCUCCAUCACCUUCACCGCCUCCGGCGUAUCAUUCUUCCUCGAACGGACUAGUAUCUGCAGGAAACACAAGUGCCAUCGAUCGUCUUGGUAAUGCUGGGGUAUCCGUCCCAAGUCUCGGCAUCCACAGGGCGGACUCUGGUCCGCAGGCAACAGGUUCCAGCUCAACGGGAGGUAUAUCGUCAUACACCUCGCAGAACGAAUUGCAGGAGCGAUUUUCCAAAAUGAAUACCUCCCCGACAAGCUCGGCUUCGUCCGCAGCACCCAUUCCCGCUGAAGGCACCGCCAUGGAGCAGAAGCAACAUGCAUUGCGAACAGCACACUCAUUCAGUCGAGACCCUACAUCCAUAUCUGCAAGUGAUGCGCGAAGUGCAGUGUCGACAACAGGGAAUUUCCGCGAGCGCCAUAGUGAGCAGAUUGAGUCAGGCAAGAAGAAGUUGUUCCAGUUAGAUCAAAAGUAUGGCAUUUCCAAACGAAUCAAUAAUUUCAUAGAAGACCAGAAAUCUCCCGCGUAUCCGGAUCCGCAGCCUCCACCACCUGCUAAUGCUGCCCACAGUCCUCAGCGUCCACCGUCCCAUGCUUUCAACCGACCAGAUCUAGAAGUUUUGAAUAAUCGAAAACCUCCCCCCCCUCCUCCCCCAAAGAAGCCGAGCAUUCAACCUCUGCCCGUUGAUGGACCACCCCAAGUUACCAUGCCUCCACCAUUACCUUUGGGGACCAAGCCGCGUUAA